AUGGGUCAGACUAAAGGGAUUUAUUACAACUUCUUGAUUAUUGUUUUUGUCGGAGUUAUCUGGUAUUUUAUCACGAGAAAUCCAAGCUAUAGUGUUUAUCCUUUGCCUGAUAUUGCUAUGAAUGACAGCUCAGAGCUAAACCUUAUGCCUAGAAGAAUAGACCUUUCAUUGAUUUUUAAUAGAGAUUCAAUGGAAAUUCCAAAAGAAUUACAAAAAAAUAUCACACAGAUAAGAAACGAGUUUUCACAUUUAUUAGACGUUGAAAUUAAUAUCAAUUUUGUGAGGAAUGAUGACAUGUGCUGUAAGAAAUGCCAUGAAAAUUUAGAUCAGUUUAGAUUGAUAUUGAAGCCGGCAAAUAUUGAAAUAAGAAGAGAAAUCAGUAAUGUUGCUAUCAUCAUUUCUGAAGAUGAUUGCAAUCCAAUACCUAUGGAAAAUGUUCAUUAUGUGCAUCCUGAUCAUUUAGGAGAUAUCAGCAAAAUAUUGAUUGUCACGCUGAGGAUAAUAAUCGGAUUACCUGAAGCUGAUAAUUUAAUCAAUGGCUUGACACAAGAAGAACGAAAAAGUGCUAAUUCUAUAGCCGUUUUAUAUCAAACAACAAAAUUUAACACAGAAAUAAGUUAGUUAGUUAGUUUUAAAAGGCCAUACGUGGGCGAAACCAGCGGACCUCAACGCCUCAGCUCGAAAGACGACUCCAGGUCGGGUUCUGAUGUGGCCAUACUCCCAGGCCCGACGCCAUCUUGAUUUCUGGUCAAAACCACCUGUCCAAAGGAUCAGCUCCUUUGGAGAGAGCCACUUCUGUCUGAGUGCCCCGAUGGUCCCGAUGAAGGAAGACCAUGUGGUAGGAAAAACCUGUCUAGCCCAUCUGGCAGGGACAGGGAAAACCUUCGGGGAGAAAUAAAACUUCCUCUUCGGCACGGCUUCCCCACAACUGAAGGCCUACUUAGGACAGGAAUGAGACCUGUAUCUUCAGCUUCAUCAGCAAUGGGUCCUACCAGCUUCAUAGGAGGUGCGCCUCGAGUCCAAUUUCCGUUAACGUCACCAUUUUAUUUCUACACAGAAAUAAGGCAUUUCAAUAAUCUUCUCAAACUAAACAAGCCGAUAAUAUCUUUUAAAGAUUAUCUGGAUAUUGAAAAAGCAAGAAGUGAUAUAGAAAAUGCAAGCAAAACAAACGAUUUAAUAGAGCUGGCCCAAGCUGUAGAUCUAAUUGUAGACUUAAACUCAAGAGAAAGCUUAUACCAGGAAGAAUAUUUCCAAUGGGAUUUCAAAGUGGGGGUUUAUGCACCUAUUUUUGUCCCAUCUUUAUUUCCUCUCGGUGGAGCAAUUUACCAUAAGCUUUUCAUGAACUAUAAAGCUAAGCUAAAAAUUGAUUAA